CAUUGUCGCGGAAAGCAGGGAGUUUGCCGCGCAAACGCCUUUCCCACGGUUUACUUGCGUAAUUAACCAGCGUGCUAUUAAUCAAGGUCGUGUUUUCAGUAUUCUUACUAUUUCUUUUGUCUCGUAAUAGAUCUACAUAGGUUUAAUCGUUAACACAUUUAUUGUUGGUAAUAUCUUUUGUAUUUGCCGCUUGGUUAAUUGACUUGGAACAUUUACACAUAUCUUUUGUAAUCAUAUUUUCUAAAGGGACCGAUAACUAAAAACUAAUUGCUUAUGGUUUAAUGUAGUCAGUGUGUGUUUGAAAUGAGCGUGUAAUGUAUACCACAUAUUUUUACUAAUAAAAUGAUAAAAUACAAAAUGUUGUAUUGAUUGUUGAUUGCCUUACUGCAACACACUUAGUUGAUUUGUUCGGACUGUUACGAUACAGUGGAGGCACCGCCCGGAUAGUGUGUUGGAGUAAGUUUUGUUUGUGGAAAAUAUGUCGGUGAUAGAUAGGAGAAAGAACGUUCGAUUGGCGCAUAGAGAAUUUGCAUUGCAAAUCAUAGAGGACGGUAAUGGAAACGACGUGAGUGAAACAGAUUUAAGAAUGAUUCAGUCACAGCUGAAGGAAAAGCAGAAGAAGCUUGAUAAAUUGGACGACGAGAUAUUGGGGUUAAUAAGUGAGGAAGGAGAAGCCGAUGAUUGUGUAAAGGAAGGCAAAGAAGCGGGACAGUUUAGAUCAAAAGUUCAGGCUGCUAUAAUACAAAUCCAAGGUCGAUUGGAUGAUAAGUUACAACGCAGUGGUUCCAUUGACAGUCUAAGUUCUACAGCCACUUUGAAUACUAGAAAGGUACGGGCAAGGUUACCUAAAUUGGAGAUGCGAAAAUUCAGCGGUAAACCGUAUGAUUGGCAGGAGUUUUGGGACGCAUUUCGCUCGUCAGUUCACGAAAAUGAGGAACUUUGUCAAGUGGACAAAUUUACGUAUUUACGCUAUCUGUUAGACGAGCCUGUGAAAAAGGUUAUUGCUGGGUUUUCCUUAACUGAAGCUAAUUAUGAAGCGGCAGUAGAUUUAUUGAAACAAAGGUUCGCAAAGCCAGUAGUGAUAAAAAGAUCGCAUAUCAAUGAGCUAAUGAAUUUGCAACCUGUUUAUAAAGAGCGCGAUUUGGAUCGUCUUAGACAUUUCUACGAUAUGGCUGAGACACAUUUUCGAGGGCUGCACUCUAUGAUGAUAGAUGAGACCACGUAUUCUUGUGUUGUCGUUCCAUUGCUGCUCGACAAAUUGCCAGAAGCGGUUCGAUUGAGUAUGUUGCGAGCGGUGAAGGGCUCUGAAGAUUUACCCAUUUCGUCUUUUUUGGAAGUGUUGAGAAACGAGCUUGAAGUACGAGAGUCGCACGUUUCAAUCUUGAAGCCAAACCUUGCUGGUUCGUCUGGAAUGCAGUCAAUGAUUGCUAGUGGAAAAGGCAAAGAUUGGGUGAGAACAUCGAGUGCCUUGCACAGCGUUGCAAAGGACCAUCGAUGCGCCUUUUGUUUAAAAUUUCAUGAAGAAAUUGAUUGUCAGAAUGUAAAGGACUUUAGUGAACGUAAAAAUAUUGUGAAAAAAUAUGGUCGUUGCUUUCUUUGUUUAGCAAAGGGUCAUUUAUCCUUCAAAUGUAGAAACAAUAUUUCAUGCAAUAUUUGUAAGGGUAGACACCAUAGUGCCUUAUGUGAACAAGGUAAUGCUAAUUCUACUGCGUGUAAGGAUGUCGGAAAGGCGAACACGAAUACUUGCGUAGAGAGUGUUGAAUGUGGGGGGAGGGUAGCUCUCCAAACCGCGCAAGGUUAUGUUAAUGGAACGAGGAAAGUGAAAGUGCGAGUACUUUUUGAUGGGGGAAGUCACAGGUCCUUUGUUACCUCCAAUGUUGUGAACAAAGCAGGCAUUUUUCCUUCUCGUAAGGAGAAUUUGCGUAUAUGUAGAUUUGGUGAGACUAAUGUAGAUGUUUCUGCAAAGGACAUUGUUCAAAUCACUUUGUCGUCUGUAGAUAAGAAGUAUAACAUCCCAUUUGAAGCUUGUGUUGUAGAUUCCAUCUCACAGCUGGAAAACCAACAUUUAGAGAUCGUAAAGAAGGAUUUUGCUCAUCUGAAGGACAUUUGGUUUUCAGACGUUGAUUCGAAAGAAGAGCAACUAAGCAUACAAAUUCUGAUCGGUGCAGAUUACAUGUGGCGGUUUAUGGAGGACGAAACGAGAAAAGGAGGUGUGAACGAGCCGGUCGCCGUACGAACAAAGUUGGGUUGGGUUCUUUCAGGACCAGUUAAAGGUGAGAUCGUUGAUGUUACUUCUGUCAGCAAUGUCAAUAUCAAUUUUGUAUCGGAUAAGGAAACUAAUGUGUUUAAUGAUAAGGCCAGUUUACAGGAUCAGAUCCACAAACUAUGGGAUUUAGAUUCUGUCGGAGUACGGCCUACAACUGAUGUUCAUGAAGAUAUUGUGGAUAAUAUCGAAUUUACAGGCGAGCGUUACUCGACUAAAUUGCCAUGGAAGGAAGCCCAUAAACCCCUUCCAACUAAUUACGGUGUCAGUGUAGCGAGAUUAAAGGGGCAAUUAUCUAAACUCAAGAAAAGCCCUGAAGUAUUGCAAGAGUAUGACAAUAUUAUUAAGGACCAGCUUGAGAGUGGGAUUAUAGAGAAGGUUGUAGGUUUAGAUAAUUCUAGCAAUGUUCAUUAUUUACCACAUCAUGCUGUUAUAAGGGAGGAGGCAGAGACCACCAAAUUGCGUAUUGUUUACGAUGCAUCGUGUAGAGAAAAACACAAUGGUACUUCUUUGAAUGAUUGUUUACACGUAGGCCCGUCCUUGAAUCCGUUGCUUUUUGAUCUUCUUGUCUCUUGGAGACAUCACCAAGUCGCCUUAGUCGCCGAUAUUGAGAAAGCCUUUUUAAACAUAGAAGUGCAUUCUGAAGACAGGAAUUGUUUACGUUUUUUGUGGGUUAAUGACAUAAAUUCCCAGUCGCCAUCUAUUGAGACGUAUCGUUUUAAUAGAGUAGUUUUUGGAGUAAAUUCAUCUCCAUUUUUACUCAAUGCUGUUUUACGUCAUCAUAUUGACAAAUAUACAGAGGUCGAUCCGCAAUUUGUAUCACAUGUAAGAAAUGAAUUUUACGUAGAUGACCUAGCAUCAGGAGCUAAGAAUGUAACAGCAGCGCUGGAAUUGUAUUAUAAGGUUAAGAACAGGAUGGCUGAAGGAGGUUUUCAUUUACGCAAAUGGAAAACUAAUGAACCCGAAGUCGCGAAGGUUAUUGAAUCUGAGGCUAUUCAGGAGUUGAAUUUUAAGACAAAAGAAUGCGACAAUUCGUAUGCGAAAACCAUCUUGAAUGAGGGAAAGGAUAUUGAUUCCUCAUGUAAAGUUUUAGGGAUUCAUUGGAAUCAACGUGAAGAUACCUUGCAAUUCGAAUUUUCGAAAAUUGCAUCCGAACUACUGGGUAAGAAAGUAACGAAGCGUGAAAUAUUAAGUUUUCUUGCCAAAACUUUUGACCCGUUAGGAGUUCUUUCGCCUAUUCUGAUUAAUGGGAAAUUUCUUUUUCAGGAAUUGUGUGUCGAAAAUAUUGGGUGGGACGACGAGUUACCCCCUGAUAAAUUAGAGCGUUGGAAUAAUUGGUUAAGUUCAUUAAUUAAUGUGGGCUCUAUUGUUAUUCCCAGAUGUUUGUAUGGGAAGAAUGCUGAGAAAAUUUUGCAUUGUUCCCUACAUGGUUUUGCUGAUGCGUCUUUAAAGGGUUAUUGUGCUACCGUGUAUUUUGUUUAUGAAGCUAAGGAAGGAGUUUUCAGUCAGCUAGUAUGUUCAAAAACCAGAGUAGCACCAUUGAAAGCUCUUUCUAUCCCGCGUUUAGAAUUAAUGUCUGCUAGAAUUCUCGCAACACUAAUGAAAACUGUUUCCUCAGCCUUAAGUAGUUACUGUUAUAUAGAGGAAAGGUAUCUUUGGCUUGACAGUAAAACCGCAUUGUUUUGGAUAAAUAACAGAAAUGAAUGGAAACAGUUUGUGCAACACAGAGUGAAUGAAAUUUUAAGGUUAUCUUCAAGUGAAGAGUGGAGACAUUGUCCCGGUAAAGAUAAUCCAGCAGAUUUAGGAUCGCGUGGGGUUUAUGUUGAUACUUUGAAGGAUAGUGAGUUAUGGUGGCAUGGUCCAGACUGGUUAUGUCAGGAUAAGUCUUGUUGGCCGUCAAAUAUUGAUUUAGGAUCGCGUGGGGUUUAUGUUGAUACUUUGAAGGAUAGUGAGUUAUGGUGGCAUGGUCCAGACUGGUUAUGUCAGGAUAAGUCUUGUUGGCCGUCAAAUAUUGAUUUAGGUAGACCUUCUGAAGUAGAUGUGGAACGUAAGAAGGUUGUCAAUUCCAUGUUGAUUAGAGAGGAGAGUUCUAAGGAUAUUGAUCAACUCAUUGACAUUAAUAAGUACAGUUCGUAUGAUAAGCUUGUACGCGUUACUGCAUAUGUCUGCCGAUUCAUAAAUAAUCUUAAAGCUAAAAUGAACAAACAGGAAAAAUUAAUUGGAUCUGUAACUGUACCAGAAAUCUUGUCUGCGGAAAGGUUGUGGAUUAUUAAUGCGCAGGCAGUCUUGAAACAAGAUCCAAAAUUUGAAUUGCUUAAGAAACAGCUACGCAUUGAAGAGCAGAGUGGUAUUUUAAGAUGUGUAGGUAGACUAUCAAACUCAGAUAUGGAAUUUGAGAGCAAAUUUCCUAUAAUAUUGCCAAAGAACCAUCAUUUCACGGAACUCGUUGUUUUACAUGUCCAUGCGUUAAUGGGGCAUGAGGGUCUUCGUAUCACUUUAACGGAAUUAAGAUCUCGGUUUUGGAUUACUAAGGGGAGGCAAUUCAUUAAGAAGCUUAUCAAGCCUUGUAUAAUCUGUAAGAAAUUGGAGGGUAAGGCUUAUAAGGCACCCCCUAUGGCACCGUUACCAAAUUUUAAAGUACAGGAGUCGCCGCCUUUCAGCAAAGUAGGUGUUGAUUUUGCUGGACCGUUGUAUGUCAAGGGGUUAAAGGGUAAAACACGUAAAACGUAUAUCACCCUUUUUUCAUGCUGUGUAACACGUGCUUUACAUUUAGAAUUGGUGGAAGACCUUACAGCUCAGUCUUUCUUAAGAUGCUUAAGACGAUUUACUGCUCGAAGAGGUACGCCAGAGUUAAUCGUAUCCGACAACGCAAAAACUUUUAAGGCAGCAGCCAAGUCUAUCAAUCGUAUAUUCAGAAAUAAAGAUAUGCAGCGGGAGUUGGAGUCAAGAAGAAUAGAAUGGAAAUUUAAUCUAGAAAGAAGUCCGUGGUGGGGUGGCAUGUUUGAACGAAUGGUUGGUUUAGUUAAACGUAUACUUAGAAAAAUUCUUGGCAAUGCUCUUUUUCAAAAUUCAUGA